UAAUUGUUUAGUUGUAAGAAUAGCAUUCGACAAAGCAUCAGAUAAAUAUGUAAGGCAAUACCUACGCAGCUUCUGUACAGUAUUGAGGUACCACAGAUGGCGUGUAAAUUGUUCAAGUUACCGCGCCGACAGUGGCUCUUGUUGUUGCUCGUUGCGCUGGUGCUGUGGGGUCUACUGAUUGUGAACAUCAACAUUGGCAUUGUUAGCAAUCAUGACAGUGGACGACUAAAGAAUGAAGUUAUACGAUUAAGCGAGCGUUACAUUAGAGCCCUUGCCAGGGACAAUGACGGAGUUGUGGAUGGUCCGUAUGCUGGCCGCUUCACUGCUUAUGAUCUGAAGAAGACUAUGGCUGUUCUAUUGGAGAACAUCUUAGAGCGACUAGACUAUAUAGAGCAUCAUCUGAACAUCUCCAGUAACAUGACGACACUUGCCCAGCCUGCGCGGGAUGGUGCUGUAAACAAGUCAAACCCUGUACUAGCUAAAGAUCUGAUCAAAGGGGAGGAAGACAGGUGUGUCCUGUCUGACAAGGAGCGGCAGCUGUACCCACACUGUCAGGGGAAAAUUGAGUGGAUGAAGGCGAUGUGGGAGUCAGACCCGUGUUACAAAUCAUUUGGAGUGGACGGUUCCAUUUGCUCAUUCAUUAUGUACUUGAGUGAGGUGGAAGGCUGGUGUCCCAGGUCAGCGUGGCAUGGCUAUAAUUCAGUGCCCACUGAGAAAGCUGAUCAUACCAACAAGGCUAACAUAUCCACAGACCUUGAAGGCCUGAUGAAGCUCCUAGUUGACCCAAACGAGCGCCAAGGUUACGCCUGGAUAAGGAUGCGAAUCAAGCGCAUAUGGCCACGCUGGGAGGCCGCAGUGACGAGUCUGUCCCAGAAACAGGACCUCCGGGGACGACGGCAGAAAAAGAUCCUCGUACAUUUGGGCCUUCUGUCAAAACAGUCUGGGUGGAAGUUUGCUGAGAUGCAGUUUAAAGGAGGUCCGCUGGGAGAACUGGUGCAGUGGUCGGACCUGAUCACUGCCCUCUACGUGCUCGGACAUCAACUGACCAUCACCAGCGAGGCGGAACAGCUCUCCAGUGUCGUGUCACAGCUUCCUGCAGCCAAUUCACCAUGUCAGAGCCGGAAAGAGUUGCCCGUAGAUAUAAUCUACAUCGACAUAAUGGGCCUGAAACAAUUCAAGAAGUCUGUGGGAAAUGGAUUUGGAAAAUUCAGCUGUUUGUUACGGAUAGUCGACUCAUUUGGCACUGAACCAGCCUUCAACUUGCACUCCUUCGCCAAGCAGCGCAAGAAACUCACAUCUUGGGGAGGCAAUGACCUGCAUCCACAGCAGUUCUUCACCAUGUUCCCUCACAGCCCUGAUAACUCUUUUAUGGGGUUUGUGGUGGAGAGACAUCUCAACGAGUCCAAUGUCCGCGACAUCAAACGAACCAACAGUGCCCUUGUGUAUGGGAAGAAUGCAUAUAUGUGGGAGGGUAAGACCAGUUACCUGGACACAGUAAACAAGUCUGGUAUUUUGAUCCACGGGACUGUAUACAGCGAGGACAAUAAGCCCCUCAAACUCCCGGCCUAUGUGGAGAAUCAUGGACUACUGAAUGGGGAGGAGCUACACAAAUUGCUGCGGCAGUCAAAGAUAUUCCUGGGACUGGGAUUUCCCUACGAGGGUCCUGCUCCCCUGGAGGCAAUUGCUUACGGGGCCGUGUACAUUAACCCGAAGUUCUCCACAUCUCACAACAGGAACACAAACCCGUUUUUCAAAGGGAAACCUACGGAAAGGGAGCUUUGGAGCCAGCAUCCGUAUGCAGAACAGUUUAUAGGGGAGCCUCACGUUUACACGAUCAACAUUGAAGAUGAAGAAGCAGUUAGGACCACCGUACAGAAAAUACUCGACCUAGACAAGUUUGAGGGAUUCCUGCCAUAUGAGUUUACAGAAGAAGGCUUCAUUCAGAGAAUGAACUCGUACAUAGAGCAUCAGAACUUUUGUCAGUUCCAACGCCAGCUGGCAAAAUGGCCGCCAGAGAGCUCAGUAAAACUGCUGUUUGGAGAAGCAGAAAAAUCUUGUAAAGACGUCUGCUGGGAAAAAAAUCUGAUUUGUGAGCCGAGCCAUUUCCUUGAGGCCAAUGCCCACCAUAGUCUGAUGCAGAAAGGGGCAGCCUGCGCAGCAAAUAAAACACUCACAGACAUCUUUUACCCAGCCCUUGACACGAAAACAAAUGACUGUAUUAUACAGCAAGAAGAACUACUUUUCAGCUGCGUAGGAAAACAAGACAAUUUACGCAGAUUGUGUCCAUGCAGGAACUAUAUUAAAGGCCAGACUGCACUAUGUGUUGGAUGUGAGUAGGAUGUCCAUUUAUGAGUGUUUACUGUCUGUAUUAUCUUUAUGUUGUAAUACUGUUACCUGUGUUUAUUCCAAAUCAUUUAAAAUAUUGUUUCAACUCAAAUCUAGUAUCUUUGGUUAAAAUCAAAUAUAGUACAUGUCGUAAAAUCAAAUAUAGUGCCUGUCAUAAAAAUCAAAUGUAGUACCUGUCAUAAAAAUCAAAUAAAGUACCUGUCAUAAAAAUCAAAUAAAGUACCUGUGGUAAAAAUCAAAUAUAGUACCUGUCCUCAAAAUCAAAUAUAGUAACUAUGGUAAAAAUCAUAUAUAGUACCUGUCAUAAAAAUCAAAUAUAGUACCUGUCCUCAAAAUCAAAUAUAGUACCUGUGGUAAAAAUCAAAUAAAUUACCUGUCAUAAAAAUCAAAUAUAGUACCUGUCAUACAAAUCAAAUAAAGUACCUGUGGUAAAAAUCAAAUAUAGUACCUGUCCUCAAAAUCAAAAAUAGUACCUGUGGUAAAAAUCAAUUAUAGUAUCUGUCCUCAAAGUUAAAUAUAGUACCUGUGGUAAUUAUUUUGUAAACAAUUAAAACCUCUGAUUUAUACAUGCACAGAUAAUUGAGUUUUUACAAAAUAUCAUUUCUUCAUGUUCUACCAUAGUAUAUAAACUAAAACAGAACAUAGUGACUUAGUAUAUCAACAUAGUGUUUUCAUUUCAUGAAAUGUAUGCAUAGAAGUCUCUUUAGCUUACAAUAAAUUGAAACUAUAUGUAGCUUAGAGUAACUGUAUCAAUGUAUAUAUAUUUAAUGGAGUUAUUUGUACAAAAAUGUUGUUGUUUACUUUGUUUAGUUAUAUAUUUUAAAUUUGGAUUCUGAUAAUUAUUUUUAAGAUUUAAGAUAUUUUUGUUCAGAUAGCCUAAGAAACCCUUGAUCACAUUUUAAUUUUGACAAUCAAAGAAUUGGUACUUUCCUGUAGAAGUAUAGUUAAAACAUUUGUGUAGCCCAGUUAUGCCUAAUCCUAUUGUAAAUACGUGUAUAUUUGUUACUUUGUAGCUGAUUUGAAGUGUUUCCAAAUUCUAUUUCUAUAUUGUUUAUGUUAUGUGGACUGAUAAAGUAUGUUCCUAUAUACUUUUUGGGUUAAGAAAUUCAUGGGAUCAGAAAGAAAAAUUGACCAAAGUUAACCCUUUGCAUGCUGGGAAAGCUGCUUUGUCCUCUGCUAAAAUGUUGUCUGCUGAAUUUCUAAAUAAGCAUUUUCUUCGAUUUUUUGUUAAAGAAUACUAUCAGAAUAGCAAACAGUUUGGAUCCUGAUGAGACGCAGCGACAUCUAGAUCCAAACUGUUUGCAAAGGCCUUCAAAAUUUGGUUCCAGCUCUGAAAUAGUUAAACACUUAACUACAUGCAUUGAUAUUAUUAGUAGGUGUGUGAUUAUUCCAAAUUUCAGCUUAUUUCCGUCCAUAAAAAUGUGAAAAUAUACAAAUAGUUAUUAACUUUGCUGGAUCUAUAUACAUAUGAUGUUUAGUUGAACCCUGUUAUGGGGGUAGGCCAUUUUCCUCCCCUCAGUUGGUUCUAAUACACACGCCUGAUAAGUAGCUGUGUUGAAGUGUUUUCAAAUUCCAUUGUCUACAUUUAAUUUGAAUCAAAAUUUAAAAGAGUCGUCAUUUACCUUUCUUUUUUUUGUAAUACUUGUUGCUUACAGUAACUUUGGAUGUGUUUUGUAUUUUAUCUGAAAAUGCAUUCCAAAGGCUAUUUUUUGUUAUUGAACAGUUUACAAAACUGUGUAUUUAGGUAGCUAAAUAAUAGUGUAAAGUUUACUUUAAAGUGAGUGUUUAGUAGCGGUAAAGUUGUUCAUAUGGGCUGUGUUUCUCGGUUCCUCAUGUUGAACUGUGGAAGUUUAAUAUUUAUUUAUGUAAAUAUUAUAACUAUCACUGCUUAUUUGACCAGCAUAGACAGGAAAUGUACUAUUAAUUAUAAUGUAUAAACAUUGUUCGAUUGCAGUAAUUGUCUGGGCUGAUAGGGUUUUCUGGCGGUAUAAACACUCGCAGAAUUUGUUUUAAAAUUUAUCUAAAUACCAAAUGUUGCAAAACCCAUCUACCAUUGGAAAAAGGGCUCCUUUCAUUUCCCUUUAUACACAUUCCUACGGUUUAAAAAGUCGUGUUCUUGUUUGUUUGAUAUGUGUUAAGAAAUAUCAUCUGUGUUUAUAAGCUAUAACAUAUAUUAUAAAAUAGAAUAUAAUAUUGUUAAGUUUUUAUAGCAUAAUAUUUGUACUUAUAAAUAUGUGAGUGUGAUUGCUGCUAUGUUAAAACAGAUCUCUUAUCAUUGUUUGUUGUAUACUAUAAAAUACUGUAUAUUUCCUAACAAAAGCCCCAAAUAAAUUUAGCAUAAGGUCAUAUCACUUUCUGAAAUGGUCAGAAGUGGGUGGAGUAAUGUCAAAUAAUAAUUCCUCAUAUUAUCAUUCUAUAUUAAGUUUGGAACAAUAUGCAGAACUUAAAUAACAUAUACUAAAAUAACAGUGAUACAUGAACCAGUUCUAAUGAAAUCUUUCAAAGAGUAAAUAAUCACAUGUUUUCACCUUAUAAACCACUGUCUUCUUGGGCGUUGUAAGUCCUUAUUUUCUUAUUUUGUUCAUAAAUCCAUUAACACCAGCUGGAACCUACACUACUGUAACCUCCCGGUUGCUAGGGGAACACCA